UUAAAUUGUCUAGUGCCACUUACACUGUUGUGUAGGGCUUGGGGUUCAGUUGUCAGCAACUAUGGAGUUUGGGUUGCUUCUCAGGGUUAUUUUUGCCUCUGCUGUGCUGUGCAGUGUUCAUUGUUUUCCAGCAAAAGGAUCUGAUGGCCAACAACCCCAAUCUCCUCAAAUUGGAAUGACCCCUGAGUUUGACCCAGAUUUCAACGCCUGGUUGCAGGAGCAGCUUGCUGCUGCCCAAGCUGAAGCUCAAGUAGUUGCCUCUGAACCUAUGAGUACUCAGAUGCCUCCUGGUUCUGGGCCAGAAGAUAUGGGGUAUGACCCAAUAAUCUUUGAGCCCCUCCCUCUAGAAUUUGGUGAAGGUGAUCAGAAAAGCUCUAUGGAGCCAGCAGAUACUGAUACGACGACGAUGCUGUUGGAAGAGCCCAGUGCAGUGUAUUAUCCACCAGAGCCAGUCUACAGGGCGGGUACAGUCAUUCGCCGCCUGUCUACAUCUGAACAGGGCAGGGAGGCAUCCAGCUUCUUUGACAGCGGGCCCCUACACCGUGCUCCUGUUCCUCUGGCAGCUGCAAGCGUAGAACCUGAGGCCCAUUCUAAUGUGGGUCUACCGGGGAUGGAACAUGACGAUGAGUUCUUCCAAAUGUUCAUCACUGGCCAGCUUCCUCCUGGAACCGUGACCCACUUCAGUUCUACCUAUGAAUCUGGAAGGAACGCCUGGACGGAUAUUGGCUUCGAGAGGUUCCCCUCUGCCCCUUCUGCAUCAAUGAACAGUCCAGUUGGCCAAAGCAAAGGGGCCCCUGUCUCCAAGGCUGGAUCUAAGGGUUCUCAAGAUCCUCCUGCCAAGAAAUUUUGGUGACUACAUUAUUUUCCAUAAGCCACCACCUCAACAAACUUUUCCUUCCAGAAAUGAUUUAAUAAAAUGUUUACUGAUGUUAAA